UGUCUAUUCUGUAAAUUAUCUGUGAAACACAUGUUGCCAGUGUAAUGCACAUGUCUGACCUGGUUUUAUCUGGUCUUUAGUCUAAAUCUCUAAUGGUCUAUUAUUGUCACUAUGUCAGGUUUACAGAUCCUUGCUUUUCUCAGUGGCCUGGCUGGUCUCGGGGCUUCUCUUGCUGCCACUGUGUCCAAUGAAUGGCGGGCGACCAGCAGGGCGUCCUCGGUGAUCACAGCCACCUGGGUGCUGCAGGGGCUGUGGAACAACUGUGCUGGGAAUGCCAUUGGAGCUGUGCACUGCCGACCCCAUCACACCAUCCUCCAGCUGGAAGGUUACAUCCAAGCUUGCAGAGGCCUCAUGAUUGCAGCAGUCUGCCUGGGAUUUUUUGGCUCCAUAUUUGCCCUUGUUGGAAUGAAGUGUACGAAAAUAGGAGGAAGUGACCAGAAUAAGGCCAGGAUUGCAUGUUUGGCUGGUGUAAGUUUCAUCCUUAGUGCUUAUGUCCAAGGAGUCCGGGGAUUGCUCAUGUGUGGCUUGACUAUUGCAUUUUUUGCAGUAGUAUUAUGUUUUGUGGGGAUGGAGUGCACUUAUAUCGGAGGAUCUGAAGCAGUGAAAGAUAAAAUGGUUCUUGUUGGAGCUAUCCUCCACUUUAUUGGAGGUGUUUCAGAUAUUUGUGGCUACUGCUUAUACAUAAACAGAGUUGCCAGGAACAGUUUUGCAUUGAAUUUAGCACCUGGAGUGUUAAGGUAUGAUCUUGGACCUCCCAUAUUUCUUGGCCUGGUUGGAUGCUUUCUCAUCUACUUCGGGGCUAUUCUUUAUGCUGUCACUGUCUUCCGUGUCAUCUUCCCUAAAAGAGACAUAGUAAAUGGGGCCAACACGUACGCUGCCCCCCGCUCCAGAGGCAGGUCCAUGUACACUGGGUACUACAGACCCUCUAGGCACUCACAGAAAUACCCUGUCUUCCCGUUGCCGGAAGCCUACAUUGCUGUCCCCACUGGAAAGAGCGCGGUGUCCUCUGUUCGAUCCGUCGUGACGGAGAGUCGAAAAUCAAGGAUCAGCAGCAGCGACAGCAGAGCCAGCAGCAUAUCUGGAAUCAGUAGUAUCACAAAGACAACCGGCACAAAUGCAGAUGUGUGACAGAGGAUAAAGAGCUUUCAAACUCUUGUGUGGAUUUACUGUUCAUUCAUUUAAGGUCAAGACAUCUGACAACAUGUGACAAUAGUACAAAUGUAAAAUGUCAGUAGAGUUGUAGGCCAUUUCUUGUAUUGGAGAAUGUUCACAGUAACCAAACUUUCAAAUGUACAAAUUGUUGUUUAUUUGUAAUAUAUGCCCAUGUGACAACUCUG